CGGACUACCCUCAAUUCAUCAAAUAACCGCAGGAAUCAACGGCCUGUCGCCGGCAACAGAGACGGGGCGUCCGAGGUUUCGGAAGUACGGUACGAUUGGGCAGGAGCUGUCAGCUGAAUGAAUCUGAAUCUGAAUCUGCCCAAGAUCGAUCUCAAGAUGACGAGGCUUCUCUCCAGGACAUUUCGAUCCGUCAAGCACCCCACCUCCGUUCCUACCAAAACCAGACCCCCUUCGAGAUCAUCAUCAUCAUCAUCGUCAUCCGCCGUGAAGCUCUCGGAAUCUUCGCCCUCGGCGUCUGCGUCGGCGAUUUCAAGAACGGGGUCGGAGCCCAUUUCGGGGGAUUCAAGAACAUGGUGCGUCUACCUCAUCCUCUCCACCAACCCACCAAUCAAGACUUACGUUGGCGUCACCACCGAUUUCCGUCGCCGUUUGAAGCAACAUAAUGGGGAACUUAGCGGUGGUGCCAAAGCAUCUCGAGCUGGAAGGCCAUGGGUCUGUGCCUGCCUUGUUCAGGGCUUCAAGGACCGAAGUGAAGCCUGUGUUUUUGAGUCAAAAUGGAAAAGUUUAUCAAGGAAACUACCUCGCCAGAGGUCAUGUGGUGACAUGGAAAAGCAAGCAGAAGAUAUCUCUCAGUUAUUGCUUCAGCAUAGACAAAUGGCUUUAGAUAGAGUUAAAGGUGAACUUGACUGCAGUCUUUUGGAAAUUGAUUGGAAAUUGAAUCUUACUUGAUUUCAUGGGUUGUCGCUUUCACCAAGGUACGGAAUGUUAAUAUGUCCGAAAUUAAGUUACAGCCCUAUGAAAUGGCUAGCAUGUUGUGAGACAUGUAAAUGCUAUUGGCAGGUGCAUGGUAUGCUGGUCUUUUAUUCUGUUUUACUUGUAACUUUAUGAUCAUUCAAACUGGCAAAAGGUAUGGGGUGAGAUUAUAGCCAAAAAGAUGUCCCUUUCAUACACAUUGUAAAGUGAAAUGAAUGAAGAAAAGGGUUUUUAAGGUUCCAUGUGGAGGGAAACUGUUUUCAUACCAUCUUUUCAAAUAAUUCUGUAUCUGCCCCCCAAUUGAACGCUUGAUUGUACUCCUUGUUUUGAGAAACUACUGAAAACAUCAUUGUUUAGAGGCAUAUAACUGGGCAUAUUUGAA